AAAGAAGGAAAGCAAAAAAACUGGGAGAGGAGCAGAAUCAGAAAUGGGUUUGUCAUUAGAUUAUAUGGAGGACUGGAGCAUUAGAUCUGCAGAGUCUGUGGAGGAGUUUAAGCCCAUAAGGAUUCUGGGUCAUGGUGAUAUGGGGACUGUGUUCUUGGUAAUGCAUUUGCACAGUGAAAAGCCUGUGGCUAUGAAGGUGAUUGAUAAACAAGUUGUGGAGAAGAAGAGGAGUUUCAAGAGGGCUCAGAUGGAGAGAGAGAUUCUGUCAAGGCUAGAUCAUCCUUUUCUGCCCAGAUUGUUUGCUAAGUUUGAGUCCAGACACUAUUCUUAUCUUCUGAUGAGCUAUUGCUCUGGAGGGGACCUUAAUGUGCUCAGACAGAACCAGGAGAAUACCAGAUUUUCAGAGUCUGCUGCAAGUUCUGAGGUUACCAUUGGAGAACUUGAUCUCCUCUUCAGAGAGACUUGAACACAGUAUCAGGUUUUAUGCAGCAGAAGUAGUUCUUGCCCUUGACUAUCUUCAUCAACAUGGAAUAUUAUAUAGGGAUCUGAAACCAGAAAACAUAUUGGUUCAAGGAAAUGGUCAUAUCAUGCUCACUGAUUUUGACCUUUCCAUCAUCAAUAACAAUCUUCAAAAGCUCAAGUCGAGAUCCUUUCGAGAAGAUAAGAAGACAAGUGAGGCAAUCUCCAACAAGCCCCUUCUAUCCAAGUCGAGCCCCACUGGAGCUAAAAAUUACACAAAUUCAUUCAACUCAGUACCAAGACAAGAGGAACAAAGAAGAUCAAUUAGCAAGGCCAAUAGCUUGAAAGAGCAUAAAUAUAAUUGGCUUGACAAUAUCAAAAGGAGAUCAUUUUACGACCAAUCACAUUCAUUUGUAGGCACUGAAGAAUAUGUUGCUCCCGAAGUCCUCUGGGGCACAGGGCAUGGCUAUGCUGUAGAUUGGUGGUCUUUUGGAAUAUUGUUGUAUGAGAUGGUAUAUGGGAAGACCCCUUUCAAGGGAUCCACAAGGAAGGAUACAUUUUACAAUGUUCUAUGUAAAGAGCCACAAUUAUCAGAACAUUGGUCCCCCUUGAAGGACUUGCUUCAACGUUUGUUAGUGAAGGAGCCAAGUAAGAGGCUAGGAUCCAACAACGAUGCUGAUGAAAUUAAGAACCAUGAAUUCUUUAAUGGUGUUAAGUGGGACGAGUUAGAGUUUGUGUCUAGGCCACCAUUUGUUCCCCCACCUUUUAGUUUUGAUAAUUUAGAAGAUGUGAUUGAUGGCAAUUCAAAAAUGAAAGGAAAGAUAGAAACUUUUUGAAAAUCCUUCUAGAGUAAAUAAGUUAUAAAUGCUACUAAGAAAAUAACAAUAUUUCAUAUUAUGAAAGCCAUCCAUCAUGCUAGUUGGAUGGAACUUGUAAAUAUAAAUGUACAAUAAUGUAAAUAUAAUUUU